AUGAGUCUUGAAAAUCAAACUACUGAUCUUCCUCUUGUGGAGAAAAUCAAAGAUACAUUGCGUGCUGAUAUUGAAGAACGUUUUAAAAAAGUUUAUGAAGAUAAAUUGAUGAUAUUAUGCACAGGAUUAGAUCCAUGUUGGAAAAAAUUCUCUUUUGUACAACGAUUUUUAUAUCAAAACUAUGGUGCAACAUUAUCUAUUUUUAGCAAAUUACAAGUAUUUGAAGCUAAACAAACAGCUUAUCAAUAUUUAAAUGAAAAAUUUAGUCUUUUACUGGGAAAUAAUAUGUCUGGAUCAGUUUCGAAUGUUCAACAUGAAAAAGAACAAAAAACAGAAUUUGAUUUGUUUGAUAUCUUGAUAACAAAUUCAAAUGUUACUCUAUCUACUACGCGAGAUUCUAAAUUAUUUUUGUAUGAGAAUGAACUUGGAAUAUAUCGAAAUGCAAAUCCUCUUGAAUGGCGGUCUCUCAACAAAAUUAAAUAUCCAAUAUUAUCACAAUUAACCUACAUAUACUUAUGUAUUAGUGCUACAAGUGUACCAUCAGAAAGGACGUUUUCGACAGCUGGUCUUUUAACUUCUGAUAGACGUUUGAGAUUGACACCCGAAAAUGCUGACAUCCUCAUGUUCUUGAAUAAAAAUAGUUAA